CGUAACAACCACUGGAGCCUCGCCGGGCCCCUACGGUUCCCGCCCCACGGCCCACUCCCCGGAACCGGCGGCUGAGCUGCCGCCGCCUGCAGUGGAACGGCGACGGCGCCGCAGAGCCGCCGACAUGAGCACCCCCCGCCGCCCCGCGUCCCCGGCCCGGCCCUUCUGACAAGAGGUGUGAGAGGAUUGCUGUUUUAUUGCAAUCAUGGUGCAAAAAUACCAGUCACCAGUGAGGGUGUAUAAACACCCCUUUGAAUUAAUUAUGGCUGCCUAUGAAAGGAGGUUCCCUACGUGUCCUUUGAUUCCGAUGUUUGUGGACAGUGACACUGUGAAUGAAUUCAAGAGUGAAGAUGGGGCUAUUCAUGUUAUAGAAAGGCGCUGCAAACUGGAUAUAGAUGCCCCUAGGCUGUUGAAAAAGAUUGCAGGAGUCGAUUAUGUUUAUUUUAUCCAGAAAAACUCACUGAAUUCUCGGGAACGUACUUUGCACAUCGAGGCCCGUAAUGAAACGUUUUCUAACCGCGUCAUCAUCAACGAGCACUGCUGCUACAGCGUUCACCCUGAAAAUGAAGAUUGGACCUGUUUUGAACAGUCUGCAAGUUUAGAUAUUAAAUCUUUCUUUGGUUUUGAAAGUACAGUGGAAAAAAUUGCAAUGAAGCAGUAUACCGGCAACAUUAAAAAAGGAAAGGAGAUCAUUGAGUACUACCUUCGUCAGCUAGAAGAAGAAGGCAUCACGUUUGUGCCCCGCUGGACGCCACCUUCCCUUGCACCCUCUUCAGAGAUGUCCUCAUCCUGCAAAAAACCAGCAGCGCCGUUGGCUCUAGUGGUCCCAGACCCUGCGCUAAAGGAAGGGCUGAGCAGCGAGCCCCUCAGCACCCCGAGCGGGGCGCCCGAGCCCGCGGUGGGGACCCCUGACGACAAACUAGACGCAGACUACAUCAAGAGGUACCUGGGUGACCUGACUCCACUGCAGGAGAGCUGCCUGAUCCGGCUUCGCCAGUGGCUCCAGGAGACCCACAAGGGCAAAAUCCCGAAAGAUGAGCAUAUUCUCCGGUUCUUGCGCGCCCGGGACUUCAACAUAGACAAAGCCAGAGAGACCCUGUGUCAGUCUCUGACCUGGCGAAAGCAGCACCAGGUGGACUACAUCCUCGACACCUGGCAGCCCCCGCAGGUCCUUCAGGAUUACUACGCGGGGGGCUGGCAUCACCACGACAAAGACGGGCGGCCCCUCUACGUGCUCAGGCUGGGGCAGAUGGACACCAAAGGCUUGGUGAGAGCCCUCGGCGAGGAGGCCCUGCUGAGAUACGUUCUCUCCAUCAAUGAAGAAGGGCUGAGACGGUGUGAAGAAAAUACAAAAGUCUUCGGCCGGCCCAUCAGUUCGUGGACCUGCCUGGUGGACCUGGAAGGGCUGAACAUGCGCCACCUGUGGAGGCCGGGCGUGAAGGCCCUGCUGCGUAUCAUCGAGGUGGUGGAGGCCAACUACCCCGAGACGCUGGGCCGCCUCCUGAUCCUGCGCGCCCCCCGGGUGUUUCCUGUGCUCUGGACUCUGGUUAGUCCAUUCAUUGAUGACAACACCAGAAGGAAAUUCCUUAUUUAUGCAGGAAAUGACUACCAGGGCCCUGGGGGCCUGCUGGAUUACAUCGAUAAAGAGAUUAUUCCAGAUUUCCUGAGUGGAGAGUGCAUGUGUGAAGUACCAGAGGGGGGCCUGGUGCCCAAGUCCCUGUACAGGACCGCGGAGGAGCUGGAGAACGAAGACCUCAAGCUCUGGACCGAAACCAUCUACCAGUCCGCGAGCGUUUUCAAAGGGGCCCCGCACGAGAUUCUCAUUCAGAUUGUGGAUGCCUCUUCGGUGAUCACUUGGGAUUUUGAUGUGUGCAAAGGGGACAUCAUCUUUAACAUCUAUCACUCCAAGAGGUCGCCGCAGCCACCCAAAAAGGACUCCCUGGGGGCGCACAGCAUCACUUCCCCAGGAGGGAACAACGUGCAGCUGAUAGACAGAAUCUGGCAGCUGGGCCGUGACUACAGCAUGGUGGAGUCACCUCUGAUCUGCAAAGAAGGGGAAAGUGUGCAGGGCUCCCACGUGACACGGUGGCCGGGCUUCUACAUCCUGCAGUGGAAGUUCCACAGCAUGCCGGCCUGUGCUGCCACCAGCCUGCCCCGCAUGGACGACGUGCUGGCCUCCCUACAGGUCUCUUCCCACAAGUGCAAAGUGAUGUACUACACCGAAGUGAUCGGGUCCGAGGACUUCCGAGGCUCCAUGACCAGCCUGGAGUCCAGCCACAGCGGGUUCUCCCAGCUCAGCGCUGCCACCACCUCGUCCAGCCAGUCCCACUCCAGCUCCAUGGUCUCCAGAUGGCGAUUUUGCUGACAGCUGCCAAGAAAACACUUCACUCGACAGUCCACAUCAGCCCAGGGGCGCUAGUAGAACUAUCUGAAUUGCAGCCACCCCUCCCCCAUUCUGAAGAGCAGCUCUUUUUGAGCUGACUCAGAAGUGGCACUGUUUUAUCCCCAAAGAGUUGAAUGCAUCCUUAAGCGUUCACAGCACAUCACUGCACAAACACUGACAGGGUCACUGCUGAGUACCCAUCGCCCUAUCCUCCUUGGAAGGGGGCUGUGAGGCAGGUAGACUUCGAUCACGCAGUUUAUCGUGACUCUACUUCAGUGCCCUGCACUCUUUUUAAAAUGCUGCUGUCAUUUCACCUGUUUUCAGCACUAAUGAUCCUUUUGGUUUCCCCUCUAUUACUAGUGUCCUAAUUAACUUUCUUUCCUAAUUUCAUUAUUUACGUAUCAAAUUCUGUAAAUGUUUUGUAAACAUAUUACCUCACUCUUGGUAAUACAAUACUGAUAGUC